AUUCCCCGGGUCACAACCAUUCAUUUUCAACCGGGAAUACAUAUCUCCGUAGUAGUUCGUUUAGUGCGUUUCUGCCCGGGAUUUAAUUUCCCGGGGAAAUGUGAUAGACACCACGUACAAAUUUCUGGCUAUGACAAAAAGUAAAGGUUUUAACGAAUAUUUUGGAAUAAUAUCAAUGAGUUUAUCAAUUAAAUCAUAUCAUUUGUAACACUAUAUCCUCAAAAGUGCUGCGUAUCAAUCACAAAGCAGACAGAAGUGGAAGUUGCAGCCCAUUUGAAAUUUACUAUUGGGCGUGUCAUGGUCCACUUUGCCAAACAUGGAAGCAAAAAAUGAAAACAUUUUCACAAUCGUAGAUAAAAUUAUAUGCAACUUGAUCAUCAAAACUGAGGUGUAGCGUCACUUGGGAGCAUCUCUGGUCUGGAUAGCGCGUUAUUGUGUCCUAGGAAUAAACUGAAGAAAUCUGGUACAGCAAGGCAUACACAGAGACACCUAUUGCCUGAAUGUCCGAUCCUGCUAGAGAACUUUUUGCCAUUGUGGAUUGUUUAAGUACCCAGAUGUUGUGUACAGGGUUGUUGUCAUAGCAACAGUAUGGCUCGUAGGAUUCCAGAUAUCACCCCACCAUCCUGGUUGCGGGACUACCAGCAGCAGUCAUCCAAUCGUGGGGCACUUCUGGAGACCCCAGAUCAGCCUUUAAUGGACAUCGAUGACCACCAAGAUGAUGCUCUACUUCCAACACCAUACCAGGAAAGACAUGGUUUACUUCCUACUCCAAUGGACUCUGAUCCCUAUGAUGAGUACCAUUACCCUGGACAAGGGCAGGGGAGGUAUCCAAGAGGUUAUGAGACAGACUCUUAUAGACAUCAUACAGAAAUGGAUUAUAGACGUUAUAGAGAAGCAUACCCACAAUCUGCAAGACCAACGGAGGGUAAGCUUCAAUCUUGGUUACAAAGAAAUUUAGUAAAUCGUAUUAGUAGCCAAUCGGAGCAUUCAGGCUAUGGACAGAAUCGAUAUAGAAAUCAACGUGAAUGUGACUAUGAUCGAACAUAUACUGAAGAUAAUGACCCUUAUCGACCAGCAGUAGUGUCUUCUAAUACCCCUUGGGAUGACACUGAGUCGGAUGAGAGAAACUCAGGUAAUGUGCGGGUAAUUGAUAAAACAGAUACAAACCCACGCAACAAGCCUCUUCAUGUUACCCCUAAUAAACCAUGGGUAACAGCUAAUGAGGUUGACCCUCUGAAGGUCUCUGAGGAACAAGACUUUGAUCCUCAUAGCAAUUGGCAAUCUGACGAAAACUAUGCAAACUUGAAUAGACCCACCGGUCCCUAUAUGAACAAUGACCAAACAUGGAGUACAAAAAAUGAACCCGUGUAUGCUUCGUCAGAGAAACCAUGGGUUCAGACAGCACCUAAAGAAAAGAGUAGUGGUGCCUUUAAUCCACUUGUAGCUGCUGCAGCAAACAUUCUAGCCAAAUUUCCUAAACCAUCAAAACCCCCCACCCCCCAGAGAGCAGAGUCCACAACAACCGAUCCUGCCACAAGCCAAUCAACUGGUGCUGCAGAUAACACUCAGGAGUCAACAGAAUCUUUAAUACCUCUCAUGUUGGGAGGUAAAAAGGACAAAACCAAUGCACAUGAUGAUAACACAGACUUUGAGAACUCAGUGACUGAUAGCACUGUGACAUUAGAAAGCACCAUUGCAGAGACUAUUGAUAUGGAUAGAAGUCGGUCGAACAGUCCUAUGGUUCAGAUUCAUUUAAAGGAUGGUAGGUUUGUAGUUAAUAAAGAAAAUGGUAGUAAUAAAUCAGGUACAACCUCAGAUCAAGCUAGUCACACAGAAUCACAAAAGGACAAUGAUCCAAAUGUUAUGGCUGAUCUUCAGAAGCAAAUUGCAGCUCAGUUAGCAAUUUUAACAGGUCAGGUUCCUAUAUCAUUAGAUUCUCCAUCACAAGUUGAUAAGACUGGUAUAUCAGAAAAUCAAGUUGGUAUAAAAAGUGGUAGUCCAGUUAAAAGUGAGAGCCCAGUUUCAUCAGGUGGUGGCUCUCCCAAUACUAAAGAUGAUGAGGUUCUUAAAGUAGAGGGUUUAGACAUUGCAACACAUGCUUCCUUUCUUGAUACAUUGAGUGGAUCUGUUCCACCUAAGGAUCGUGCCAACCCCAUGUCUGAUAAAGCCUUACCAAAUGAACAAAGUACAGGUCAAUCUUCAACUGUAGCUGAUAUUCCUUUACCUGAAGAUUCAAGCCUAUCUAGACAAUCCACUCCAACCAAAAAACCAUCAAUUGCUAAACAAACAUCCCCAUUCAAGCCAGCUGAUGUGUUGAAACAAAUCGAAGUCUUGAAAAAGCAAGUCACAGAAAACAGUGGAGCUAAUGCUGAGGAAACAAAGAAACAAAUCAGCCAGUUAAAAAAGAAGGUUGCUGAGAAUCUUAAACAAUUAGUCCAGCAAGCUCAAAUGAAACUUGUUAAGCCAGAGAGUGAGACAGUUGAUAAAAAGGAAGAAAAAUUGAGAAAUGAGGUGAAGAAACAUCAUAGUGAGAAAUCAAAGCAUCACUCUAAACGACAUGAAGAAAAGCAUUCACGAUCACAUAGAAGUAAAGACUCCCAAGAAAGAGAGAGGGAGAAGCACAAAGAAAGAGAAGCUAGAAGGAGAGAGAAAGAAAAACAUAUGAAAGAGAAAGAAAAACACAUGAAGGAAAAGGAGAAAGAAAGCCAUAAAAGUGAUGAAAAACAAACUGAAGAGAAAAUUGAUGAUGAUAAUGCAGAACACAUAGAAGAUGGUGAAAUAUUUGAUACUCCUCCAAGAGAGGUAACCAGUCCUGAAAUAAUGAACCAUCCAUUAUCCACUCAUAACACCACACAAGGCUCAAAUUCAGUCACUGCCAACCUAACAAAUAAACCUGGAAUUCAGAUCCAAUUAAUGGAUGGCAAGUUUAUUGUUAAUAAGGAAAGCAGUAGUUCUGAGGUACACAAAUCAACAAAGCUUGAUGUUAAUAACAAGAAACAGAUGAUGAAUGAUGAUCUCAAUCAAUCACCAGUUGCAUUCAGUGGACAGACUGCUGCUUCUAAUGAUCCCAGGAAAGCAUUUUAUGACAAAAGUCCUUCCCGCAUACCAUCUCUUAUGGCACACGUUCAACCACCCCUUAUGCCUCAUGAGCUCCUUUCCCCUGAUGUAAAGACAGCAUUUAAGCUCAGUAUGAAUCAAUCAGCGAGUAAUGUAAAACCAUUAAUGGGUGAACAGGAGAAGUUAAGCAGUAUUAAACCUUUAAUGAGUCAACCUGUAAAACAACAAGAUCCCAGGAGAAGUUUUUACAAAAUAGCUAAAGAUCCCAGGACUGUUGGGAUUGAUCAGUCGAAGAUGCACAUAUCUGCACAAUCAGAUCUUUAUUCUGCUAAAGAUGUUACUAAUAAAGUGAAUGAACCCCAUAAGACCUACCUGCCAAAACCUGGGGAUACCCCAUAUAAUGGACCUGCUACUUUACCACACAGUCAACAAAAUAGAGCACUCCUUACUAUGGUCCCAAGGAACAUCAGGGUUAAGAGUGAUUCUCCUAAACCAAAGACACUAGGUUUGAAAUCAAACACAGCUGCUUCAGAUAAAGACACUGAUAUUAGAUCUCAGAAUCAGAAUCUUAUAGCACUCACACCAAGUGGAAAUGCUUCAAUUGAAUUGCCAACAAAUUCUGCAGACAGUAAUGUCCAAGGUAGUCAGAAAUCCACACACAAUAUGCAGAGGAAUAUUGACUCAAAGCAGGAACAAGGUCAUUCUAAUUUUUCUCACGAUGUAGAUAUGAGAGUACCACUUCUCCCUACCCCACCACCAGCCAAUAAAGUUUUAAUUGACAUUAAGCUUGAUGAUACAGAUUUCACUGUUGAUUAUACAGAAAAGAUUCCAGGUAUUAAAACACAGAAAUCAUCCAGAUGGGAUGUCAAGACGAGAGAAAUUGGCCAAAGUCCUAGAGAUAUUGUAAGCCCAAGACAGAUACAAACUAGUCCUAGAGAUGUACCAGGCAGUAGUCCACGAAGUGUGCUUUCCAGCCCAAGAGAUUCAAUAAGUAGUCCAAGGGAUGUAUCUAAUAGCCCAAUUGGUUUGAGUCCAAGAGAUACACCUAGUAGCCCAAGAGAGGCACAGCACAGUCCAAGGGGGGAACCAAUAUCUGUGGUAAGCCAGAAACGCCCGGACGUAUCCAUGCAAAAGAAGGCACAUGAUAUCUGGACCAAAGGUGCAUAUAUGCCAGUUCAACCAUCCAGUAUAUUAAAGAAAACACCUUCAAAUUUCUCAGAGGAGGCAAAGAAUGUCCCAUAUACAAACAACUCAUUUAAAAAGCCAUCAUUCAAAAAACCUGAAAACAGUUAUAAUGUGAAACCCAACAAUGUUAAACCAGUAAAGCCACCUGUUACUGAUCUCAAUAAACAAACCACAUAUUCAACACAGAGAAUAAAUGCAGAAAAUAUGAAGAAAAUGAUGGUACUAUCUUCAAAAAAGGAGUCUUCUGGCAAGUCACUUGAUAUACAAACAAAAGAGAAAAAGGGAAGCAGCAAACCUAUUACCUCAAAAAUGAUGUCUUCACCUAACAUUGACAAUGUGUCACACCCACUUGGGAAAUAUAGUAUUCCAAAGAAAUAUAAACCACCACAACAUGACAUGAAGAUGCCAGACAAAGAGUCAGUUGCAUCCUUCAAAAUACCCAAGAAAAAUAAAGCAGAAGAACAACAGCAAACAGCUUUUGCUAAACCAGCCAAAUCUGAUAAAAAGGAUCCAGCCGAUGAUUUGAAAAAAUUAGAAUCCAAAACAAAUUUAAAGGUUAAGAUUGAAAAAAAGUCUGAUGCCGUUCAUAAAGUUGAGAGUAACAGGAAGAGAGAAAAGGCAAAAAGAGAUGAAGAGGAAAAAGAGAAAAAGUUACAUAAAGUGAAACAAGAAGAAACCAAACAUUCAGAGAAGAAAGUUGAUGAUUCUAAUAAAGGAACAAAACAAAGUCAUCAAUCUGAAAAACAAUUUAAAACAUCUGAAAAUCUUACUGAAAAACCAUCAAAAGCUCAAGAAAUGGUCAAAGUACCGAAAGUAGAUGCCUCCGUAAAAACUCCAGAAAUACUAAAUAUCAAAGAAAAGGAAAAUCUUAACGGAAAUGGGUCAGGCUGUGGAACUGAUAUGGAGAUUGAUUUGGAUGAUAUAAAUAUUGGAGAAGAAAUAGAUGCAUCAGACCUGGAGAGUGCUAUUGCAUCAUCAUUUGGUGAUGAACCGAAAAAGCCAAAAGAAGAACUCCCUAUCAAAUGUUUGGAUUGUGAAACCAGUUUUAAACUACAAAGGGAUCUUGAUGCUCAUAGAUUAAAGUGCCCCAAGGUUUUAGAAAAGGAAAAGGGUGAUAAGUAUGAAUCGAUAUUUGAAAGUGUUUUAGGGAAAAAAGAAAUUACAAGCACUAGUAGUGUUAAGACACUUGUUUGUAAGCUAUGUGAGUACUCAACUAAAGACAUCAGUGUUUUUGAGACACAUGUAGAACAUCAUGGCUGUGAUGCUCCUUACAAGUGUGAACUUUGUAACUACGCCAGUGAACGUAAAACUGCAAUCAAGCUCCAUCAGACAAAGUUCCAUAGUUUUAAGGCGUCAAAGUAUUUUAACAGCAAAAUGAAGACUUAUGAUUGCAAGGAGUGUGAGUAUACUUGUCUCCGUUCUACCAAUUUAAAAACACAUUUGCGAUACCAUAAUGUCAAGGGUAUGUUCAGAUGUGAAGUAUGUUCAUUUUCUUGUGAAAAGGAAGGAAAUAUUUCUCUUCAUGAAAGGAAGUAUCAUAAACAUCUGAUUGGCAGUGAUGAUGAAAGAGAUGAUGACAAUGAAAGCAAAAAGAAUGCACGGUCCUCUCCAAGACUGACACACCCAAAAGGACACAGACAAAAUUAUCUUAUUUCAGAAAAAGACAGUGAUAUAAUCUCAGGUAAAUCUAAAUUGAAUGAGAAAAGAAAAUGUCCUGUUGAUGGAUGUCCUUAUUUGAUACGAAUGAAUAAAAAAACUGAACUUACGAAACACCUGUUGUGCCAUGAAGGCAGAGGAAGUUACAAGUGCAGUGAAUGUAGCUAUACAAAUGACAGUAUGAUCUCUUUGAAACUCCAUAAAAGAUUACACAUCAAGUAUGGUCGAAGAUAUGUCCAUGAAAGCUCUGAAGAUGAAGAAGAACAAACAAAAGUAUUACAUUGCCCAAACAGGUUAUGUCCAUUUGUGACAAAACUGAAGCAAUCAUUAGAUGUUCAUAUUCGCCAUCAUAAUCAAAAAUUUAAGUUCAGAUGUGCAAAGUGUGGCUUUUCAUGCACAUCACGAUCAUCUUUGUACCACCACCAAAAGAGUCAUGAUAAAUUAUUGACUGAUGUUAAGGAAAAAAUAAUGUCACCUGUUAGAGAACCUGUUGGGAAAAUACCUAAUGCAAAACAAUGCAAGCAUUGUGACUAUGAGUCAAGAAAUCAAUCGUUGUUGAAAAGACAUAACAAGUUCCAUUAUAGAAACAGAAAGAAGAAACACAAAUGUGUAAAAUGCUCAUACUCUUCAGAUUAUAAGUCUACUGUAGCUGAGCAUGAAAAGCUACAUCAUAUUGUAAGAAUUCACAAAUCAUAUAGGUCAUUAAAUAAGUUACGAUUCAUCAAGAAGAAAUAUGACCCAAAGAACCUGAUAAAGAGGGGAUGCCAUGUUCUCAUUGAAAAUAUAGAUAUUGAACUGGGAGAGAAAUUCACUAAUAUCACCACCAAUAAGAAAUUAAAGAAGCUUAUCCAGCAGAAAAAGAUCAAAGAUAAAGCAGAAGAUGACAAAGAGCCUGAGAAAGACUUUGAACCUAGUAUAGAUGUUGACUUUGAAGAUUUGACACAGUUCUAUUGUCAGCUGUGUCCAUAUAACACCCCGAAUAGCCAGUUUUACAGGAGGCAUAUACUACAUCACAACAUUAUAAGUAACCAUACUUGUCAUGUUUGCUCCUACAGCUCCAAUGACUUUGAUGCUUUGAAGCGCCAUGUAGAAUGGCACAAUGAGAAAAGCUUGCUCAUUGAGAACAAAACAACAUAUGUACAAAGAUUUGAAUAUAAUUGUAGUCUUUGUGGCUAUAAAUCAAAUUCAGGAAAGGCAUUCAUGUAUCACAAAGAAUGUCAUAGUUACAAGUAUCACUACAGAUGCCACCUUUGUAGCUAUAGUAAUGACCUUGCCCUGAGAGUUCAGUAUCACUUCAAGAGACAUCAUACUUUCCCAGAGCUAGAGCAAUCAGACCAUAUGCUCAAUGAAGCUGUUCAAAAGAGAGAUCUGAAGCCUAGAUUUAUAAAUAAAGGACCUGAUUUUGUAAGAUGUGCAUUUUGUCCAUAUAAAACAGGUGUGAUUGAGAAUCUUGAAAGGCAUCUACAGUUUCAUAAACAGAACACCCAGUACAGGUGCAGCUAUUGUUCGUACAGUUCAGUAAAGCAGGAAACACUGAACAAGCAUGUGAGACUUCACUUUGGUACAUUCUGGGAGUCUCCACGUAGCAUCACCAGUCUUGAAGAUAUCCCAGAACCAACAAAUACAGGUCUCUAUCGAAUCAGGGAAUUCAUACCUGCUAAACCCAAACCCAUUAUAACACAAGAGGAGCCAAUCGAGAAAGAAAAUAUUGUCAACAUGGAAGUAGAUGGCCCUAUGAAGACUGAGGAAGGACAUUUUGACCAAUGCGAGAGUGAACUUGAAGCUGUAUCAACUGCUGAUGAUGCUGAUGGGGAAGAAUCAUUAAGUACAUCAGAUUGUGAAUCUGUUGCUAAGCCUAACCUUACCACACUGACAGGUACAAAUCAGAAGACAUACUCUGGAUUGAAUAUGUUUGAUAGCAUCAAGAAAUACAGCACGAUGCAGUCCAGUGAUUCAUUUUCUGAAAGUGAAACAGAAGGAAAGGGUUCUCAAUGUAUCAAGUUGACAUCUAGUGGAAUUGAAACUGUUGUGUCCAAUAUUAUUGAUAAACUUAUAACAGAUGAUGAAACCAAUGAACCUGAAAUGGAACAUCC